UAAAGGCAGGAGAUGCUCUGACAGUUAAAAAGAUAUGCAAGGUGUACUUAUCAACUAAAAACACUGAGGGUGCAACCUGUGUCGCCGACCAGAUGGACAAUCGAACACAGACUGGAAAAGAGACACCUGCAGGGGAUGGAUUAAACAUAUUUACUACAAGCAUGGAGGUGGAUGAAACAAAAACCAGUUCAGAUACGCCUGUUACACCUAAAAGCACCUUGCGAUCACCUUUCGUAUAUACAGAAAAAAAGAAUAGAAUGUUGUUUAAGGACUAUAAACUUCUUGAUAAGUUUUCCCCUGCUGUUACGAAUGCGUUGGAGCAUAACUGCCUGAGUCAAACGCAGAGGAGUGAAUUUAUAAGAGAUAUAUGCACGGAUAUAUCUUCAAGUGGUGUAUACUUUUUGAAUAAAGCAGAAAGAAAUCAAGUAGCAUUAGCAAUCGUUACAAAAUAUCCCCAUCUUAAAGAUUCUAUUGGCAGUGGCCUUGGUUCUUGGUCGGAAUCAAUUAAAAACAGAUUUAAGCAUGUACGAAAGUACGCAAGCAAAAAAAGAAAGAAUUCAGCAAUGAAUGACGGUGAUUCAGAAACACGAGACUCUUCGGUACAUGCAUCCAAUCCAAGUAAACCUAGAAAGAUGGAUUUCUGGAAUAUUAUACCAAAUCCUGUUGGCACAGAAAGCAUUCAGAACGACCACCUUGCAGAGAUGCAAAAGGAAUGCCAAAAACCACGAAUGGCUCAAGAUAAGAACAAGAUAAAAGAGCUGAUGAAUGUGACAUAUGACUUACGGAGGAAGGAAAUAUUAACGACCACCGUACCAGUUAAAGAAAUAAUCAAGAAAUACCCUCCUCUUGCAAGUGUUAACGGGGAAGACGACAACUUGCAUCAAGAGGUUCGAAACAGCACAUUUCCCCGAAUUAUAGGUGUUGGGGAAAAUAUUUUAAAGCUGGAUCCAUACUGCAAGCAACAGAAUUUCCUUACAGAAAUUCUUGAAGGCAUUAAACAGCCUUAA